AUCUCUUUUGCGUUCCUAACGCUCCACUGAUUAAGUCCAUUGCAGAAUAUAAUAUAAUUCCCACCUGUGAGCCAAGUCGAAAGAUGGAAGAAAAUUCAUCUGGCGCUGCCGGGUAUGUCUUCCGCCUCACGCACGCAUUUCGGCCUCCCACGUGAGAUGCUUCUGUGACAUCAGCAUCUAGAUGACGUUGAUCUCGAGAAAUCCUUUUGUAGGAAUCAACAGUGAAUAUCACGACUACAAUGCCUCAUCUCACCCGCUCCACGUCUUCUCAUUCGAACCUCCUUGACUUACACAUACAGCCGAGUUCCAGUUAAAUCAUGGAGACGAUCAAAAGCACAGUCAAAGAAGCCACCGGUGGCAAGGGCCAAUUCGAGCAGGGUUUCCUACCGCCGGUCUCUCACCAAGACCCUCCCGGAAAAGAAGGUGACUUGCCUGUCGAGCCUAUCCAUGACAAGCUCCCAGCCGCAGACGGUGGAUGGCAGCCAUACAAGGCGGCAGGGAAAUUGGAAGGCAAGAAAGCCCUCAUCUCUGGGGGGGACAGCGGAAUUGGACGCGCCAUAGCGAUCUUGUAUGCAAUGGAAGGUGCCGACAGCUUCAUCGUCUACUUGCCAGAAGAAGAAGAGGAUGCACAGGAGACUAAACGCCGGGUCGAAAAGCUCGGGCGGACAUGUCAUCUCUUUGCCACCGACCUCAGGAGACCGGAGAACUGUCAGAAGGUUAUAGACGCCGCGCUGCAGGCCAUGGGCAGGAUCAACAUCUUGGUCAACAACGCAGCGUACCAGAUGAUGCAGAUGGACAUUACAGACAUUUCGAUUGAGCAAUGGCACAAGACAUUCGAGACCAACAUCCACCCAUAUUUCUAUCUGGCUAAGUUCCUUAUUCCGCAUAUGAAGCGCGGCGACGCCAUAAUCAACAACGCCUCAAUCAAUGCUUACAUCGGUCGACCCGAUCUGCUUGACUAUACAUCUAGCAAAGGAGCAAUCGUCUCAUUUACGCGCGGCCUGGCAAACCAGCAAAUGAGCAAGGGCAUACGCGUCAACGCCGUCUGUCCUGGCCCAGUAUGGACACCUCUCAUCCCGAGCACCAUGAACGAAGACGCGCAGAAGCAGUUCACCUCGCCCUUGGGCCGGCCCGCUCAACCCAGUGAGAUUGCCACGUGCUUUGUGUUCUUGGCAAGCCCGGACAGCAGCAUGAUCAGCGGGCAGAGCCUACAUCCGAACGGCGGGGUGAUUGUAAAUGGUUAAAGCAUAUGCAGGUGGAUGAGAUGUUGUUGGGGACAAUGUAACAUUCUCGAAUUCAACCACUGGAAGGGGAAGGGGGACGGUGGUCAACUCUGCGUGAAUGCUUGAUGGAAGGAGAAUGCUCAAGAAACCUCGAAUGACUAUGAGAGUGUCAAGCAAUUUGCAUUAAAGAGAUGCACUGUGUGCUAUUUUCCUAGCUGGCCGCGUUGUGGAUACUCCAGAAACCAAGCUCCUUAUGAGAAAACCACUGUGAGAAGACGAGUCAUUUCCAAUUAGGUAGACAAGAGAAUGUUAUCUCUGCAAGCA